AUUCAAUGCGCGUCUGGCAUCGACCAAAAAAACCGUUUCGACGGCGCAACGACGCGUUGCCGGUUCGUGCAGUGUCGGGGCGCACCGGUUCCGACCACUUUCGAUUCGACCCUUCGCCCCUCGUCUCCCUCGAACAGUUCACUCACAGAGCUCUAUACGAACUACCAUGUCCAAGUCGUCUGUUAUAAAAACCGCUAUUUUAGACAUUAAACUCAUUAAUCUAGUGAAAGACAAUCCUGUGCUGUACGAUCAUAAUGACCUAAAUUACGUCAACUUUAACGCUAGAGAAGUUGUGUGGCAGAAAAUAGGGGAUGAAAUGAAACGUCCGGCGUCCGAAUGUAAAGCGAGGUGGAUUAACAUUAGAGACAUAAAUAGGAGAAUCAUAAAAAAGUCUUUGAAAAAUCCUGGAAGUGUAUCUAAAAUGUAUAAAUAUUAUAAUGAGUUGUCAUUCAUGCGACCAUUUUACAAAGACGUUAUGAUUCAAAACUCUUUCGCUGAAAAUGAAGAGACGAGUAGUAAUAGCAAACAAGAUGAGGACAUCGAUGAUGAUGACGACGAUGAUUCUAUUCGACAAGACUUUGACGAUAAUGACGAUGAAAGUGAUGAUGAUAAGCCAAUUAAAAGAAAAUCUAAAGUACAUACAGCAAAGUCGUCAUUGAAGAAAAGAAAGAAAAAAAGUAUCGAAGCAUUAGAAAAAAUAGAAGCUCAAACAGCAGACUCGUUAGUGAAUAGUGCAUCUGAUUUCGAUCCUACAGAUAAAGUAGAUGCAUUUCUAUUAAGUAUUGGUGCGACUUUAAAGACUUUUUCUCCAUACCAUCUCAAUUUGGCGAAAAGCAAAAUAUUUGCAGUGGUGCAGGAACAUGAGUUGCAGCAAAUAGUGUCAAAACAGCAGUCCAAUGAUGUUCAAGUACAAAUGGAAUAGUAAUUUCUUAAAAUUAAAAUGUGUGAAAAGCAUUCUAAACUCUUCUUAUUACACAUUUCCAUAUUUUUUUAAGAACUUUGUUACACGGAUGAAGGUCUGAGAUAAAAAAAAAUAUAACUGCAACAGGUGGUAGACCCACUGUGCUGUACCAACAUAUUGUUUACAGAUUAAGCUGCUCGAAUGAGCAAUGUAAAUUAAUCCUCUUUGUAUGUACCAAUUCAUUUAUUUAUUUUUCGAUAAAACCAAUUAUGAUUUGGAUUGGGUACUGUUCUGUUUAUUUAUCCAUGCUGUAGGUUUAGGUUUUCUUAUGUAAUAAACAUAAGGUAUGGAUUUAUAUUCCAUAUUAAUAUUAACAGCGUGUGGAGCCCACGUCACCUCGUGUAUUGACUUUCAAAAUAGUUUAAAUUAUGGACUCCCCAGUUCCUCGCCUCCUUUAGAUUCUUAUUUUAUCCUCAAAAGUAAAGUAUGAUAUUAAUGUAGGUAGAUAUUCUUUGAAUCUCUUAUAAAUGUUAUUUAUCCUUUAGACCAAUACGAUACGAAUUUCUUAGAAUA